CGCUUUCCCGGACACUAGCCAUUAUCACCACCAUCUCAGUCAGCCUCAGUCUCGUCCUCUCCUCACUCACCGUUUCCCACUCUCCACUCUCCACUCCCCCAAUGGAGGGCACUCACCUGCUGCUCUCUGUCCUCGUCGUCCUUGCAAGCCACUCGCUUGCCAAUGUCAAUGGCGACACCGACGUUUCGGGCGGCAGCGGCACGACGACGACGUACAUCGUGUUCAUGGACCCGGCGGCCAUGCCGGCGGCGCACCCAUCCCCGGCCCAUUGGCACGCGGCGCACCUCCAGUCCCUGUCCAUCGACCCGGCGCGCCACCUGCUCUACUCCUACUCCGUCGCCGCGCACGGUUUCGCGGCGGCGCUGCUCCCGCACCACCUGCCGCUCCUCCGUGACAGCCCGGGCGUGCUGCAGGUCGUGCCGGACACCGUGUUCCAGCUCCACACCACGCGCACCCCGGAGUUCUUGGGGCUGCUCUCCCCGGCGUACCAGCCGGCCAUCCACAACCUGGACGCGGCCUCGCACGACGUGGUCAUAGGGGUUCUUGACACCGGCGUCUGGCCGGAGUCGCCGAGCUUCGCGGGCGGCGACCUCCCGCCGCCACCCGCGCAUUGGAAGGGCGUGUGCGAGGUCGGCGUGGACUUCCCGCCGAGCUCGUGCGGGAGGAAGCUCGUAGGCGCACGGAGCUUCUCGCGGGGCUUCCGCGCCGCGAACGGCGGCCGCGGGCGAAUGGGCGUGGGGAGGCGGUCGGCGCGGGACAGGGACGGGCACGGGACGCACACGGCGACGACUGCGGCGGGCGCGGCGGUGGCCAACGCGAGCCUGUUCGGGUACGCCACAGGGACGGCACGCGGAAUGGCGCCCGGGGCUCGCGUGGCGGCGUACAAGGUGUGCUGGCCGGAGGGGUGCCUCGGCUCUGACAUUCUAGCUGGCAUUGACUCCGCCGUGGCCGACGGGGUGGGCGUGCUAUCCCUGUCGCUCGGCGGCGGCGCGGCGCCGUACUACAGGGACACCGUGGCAGUAGGCGCCUUCGGUGCCGCGGCGGCCGGCGUGUUCGUGGCCUGCUCAGCAGGCAACUCCGGCCCUUCCGGCGCCACGGUCGCGAACUCCGCGCCGUGGGUCGCCACCGUCGGCGCGGGCACGCUGGACCGCGACUUCCCUGCCUACGUGACGCUCCCAUCCGGCGCACGUCUGGCCGGCGUGUCCCUCUACGCCCAAUCCGGCCGCCCCGUCAUGCUCCCUCUCGUCUACGGCGACAGCCGCGACAACGCGAGCAAGCUCUGUCUCUCGGGCACGCUCAACCCGGCGUCCGUGCGCGGCAAGAUUGUCCUGUGCGACCGCGGCGUGAACGCGCGCGUGGAGAAGGGCGCCGUCGUCAAGGCCGCUGGCGGCGCCGGGAUGGUGCUGGCGAACACUGCAGCGAGCGGGGAGGAGCUCGUGGCGGACAGCCACCUCCUCCCGGCCGUGGCGGUGGGCAAGUCAACCGGUGACAAGAUACGGGACUAUGCGCAGCGCGGUGGCCGGCCGAUGGCAAUGCUGAGCUUCGGCGGCACGGCCCUCGGCAUCCGGCCGUCGCCCGUCGUGGCGGCGUUCAGCUCCCGCGGGCCCAACACCGUCGUGCCCGACAUCCUGAAGCCGGACAUGAUCGGUCCGGGCGUGAACAUCCUGGCCGGGUGGUCCGGCGUCAAAGGGCCGACCGGGCUCGCCAAGGACGGCCGCCGGACUCCCUUCAACAUCAUCUCCGGGACAUCGAUGUCCUGCCCACACAUCAGCGGACUCGCCGCGCUGCUCAAGGCGGCGCACCCCAACUGGAGCCCUGCGGCCAUCAAGUCGGCGCUGAUGACCACCACAUACACCAUGGACAACACGAACUCCUCGCUCCGGGACGCCGCCGGGAGCUCACCGGCGACCCCGUUCGGCUUCGGCGCAGGCCACGUCGACCCACAGAAGGCGCUCUCCCCGGGCCUCGUGUACGACAUCUCCACCAGCGACUACGUCGCCUUCCUCUGCUCCCUGGACUACAGCGCGACCCACAUCCGGGUGAUCACCAAGAUGGCCAACGUCUCGUGCCCGCCAAGGUCCCGCCCCGGCGACCUCAACUACCCAUCCUUCUCGGUCGUGUUCAGGAAGAAGCCGACGCACGCCGUGAGGUACAGGAGGGAGCUGACCAAUGUCGGCCCGGCUAUGGCCGUCUACGACGUGAAGGUGAGCGGCCCUGCGUCCGUCGGCGUCACGGUGACGCCGGCGAAGCUCGUGUUCAAGAAGGUGGGGCAGAAGCAGAGGUACUAUGUCACCUUCGAAUCCAAGGCCUCCGGCGCGGGCCGCGGCAAGCCGGACUUCGGGUGGAUAUCAUGGGCGAGCGACGAGCAUGUCGUCCGCAGUCCGGUUGCCUACACAUGGAAGAUGUGAGGAGCAGGGAAGCAAGUUCAGGCCCUGUUGGUGUUUGUUUCAGUUAUGUUCAGGUUCAGGAGAUGAAAGAUAGCUAGAUAGCUUGAUGUAGCUUGCUGAUCGCUUCGCAAAGAGAAUCUGCGCGAAGCUCUCAACUGCAAAACCUGGAGCUCUUCCUCGGUGCCGGUCGGUCACUCGCCGGAAUUUGUUUCCCCUUACGGUUGUUAGUUGCCGGCGACAAGCUUGUGCGCCGUUAACGUGUGAGAGUUUAAGUUUUUUUUUCUUUCUAGUUCUAUGUUUGCAAGCAAGAAAUAACCCUGAACUGAAGUGGCUCAGUCGUUUGAUCCCAAUAUGUCAUCUGGUGUAUUUCUAUGCCCAUCCUGGUGCUCCUGAAUUAAUGCAAAAUGAUGAAAAGAUCGUUUGAAUUUCUCUUGGGCAA